AUGUAAGAAAAAAUAAUUAUAGAUAUCAAAAUCUUUAUUAUCGUUCUUCUUUAUCUUUUUCAGGCUCUUUCACCUCGACCAGAUUCCUAUAGAGCAGAGCACAGAGCAAUACAAUUACGUUUGAGCUUUAAAAAAAUGGACUCCAGAGGUACCCUCAUGGAAAAUUGAAAAUACCGCAGGUAAUCCUCUGAGAGAUUUCCACGAGAAAUUAUAGUAACCUUUAGUCUUGUUUCAGGAUAACUGAUACGAUAAGGAAAGCUCAAUGAAAAGUUAAAAGAGAUAACUGAAUUGACUCUUAAGACAUAAACUCGAUAAUGCCACGUCAAUGGAUUAUAUCAUCUCUAACGAAUAUUGGAGUAUUUAUGGCGUCCCGUGACGUGGCUGAAAUGUCGGAAUAGCGAUCGCCACGGGAUCGGCAUCCAUUUUCAGUACGCUCGGAAAAUGGCGCCGUAAAAGCCGCAAAGCCACCGGGAAUAAGACACUUUACGGUGGCGCGGAACGCUGAUGGCACAACUCGUGCUCCGACUCGAUUGCAAUUUGCAAUAUUGCGAAUAAGGGCCCGAGCACAGUGCACAGCCACAUAUCCGUCCGAGAAUAUUUGCCUACCACGCUUACGAAAUAGCUAGCACAAGAUUAGCCUUCUGCAAAUUUCAUAAAUUUAUUAUUUGCAUAGGAGAAAACUGUGUGAAACGGUAUAACGAAUAGCGUGGCAAAAUGUGUGCAGUGGAAGACAUCUUUUCCUUGACUGUUGCAAUAAUAUAUAAAAAAUAUUAAACGUCAGUAAACAUAUAAUGAAAUGCCAAGAUAAUUUAAAAACAGGAAAAAAAUCAAUUAUUUGAUAAUUAUAACUCACAAGAAUCCUAGAAAUGAGGACUUCAUCUGAAUUAAUAUAACAAAUUAAUGCUAAGCGAAUAAUAAAAUCAGGAAAAUUAACAUUCAUGCAAUGAAAUUGAAGCAAAUGUUAUUUCAAGAGAAAAAACAGAACAACCAAUUAAACUUGGCAACAUUGACGUAAGUUAUUUUACGACUUUUGCAUUCUCAGACGAUAAUGACAGUUUUGCAUUUCGAACGACAUCAAAAUAUGCAAUUUACCCGUUUUCAUGAUUUGCUAUCAGUCCCUUUAUCUCCACGAGUUGUAACGAUUACCGCAGUUUAAGAAAAUCAUUGAAUCGCACCAAGUAAAGAAUCCAAUGAUCCAUCGACUUGGUUACUUUGUCAAAAAAAAGCUUCCACAAUCUACCACAUAGAAUGCGACAACCGAGCUGAGAACUGAACGAAAGAAAAAGAGCAAAACGAAAUAAAAAAGAAAAACAAAUAAGUAAUAAACUCUCGUUUCAGAGUGAAGAAAAACCGGUCUUCGCUCGAACAUUUAUCGCCGACCAGACAAUCUUCUCAUUCAACGUGAACUUAUCUCACGUGCAAAUAUCGAUGCGUACGUGGAACCUCUCCUCGACGGCAGUGCCACAGAAAUCUUGAUUUCCACGUGAAUUACAAUUUUUCACAUCAAAUAGUUCAGACUUCACGAGGUAAUAUUUGUAGAAAUAGAAAAAAAAGAUGUCACUUUACAUAAAUGUAUAUGCAUAUAUGUAAACACGUAUGUGCCAUAGGUGCAAACUGUGUAACGACAAACGCUUGAACGCGAAUACCGCAAAUCUUGCCAAUACUGUGAAUACCGUGUAUUGGAUGCGGCGGCAGACAAGCUAAACGCGAAUAUCAACGGGAGCGAUUUUGCAAAUUGACCAGUGAGAUUUACCGUUCGGUCAGGAUCCAUGAGUGUCGCGAAUAAAUCUGCCAUUAACGAGAAGGAAGGGGAGGAGCGCCGAACGAGUGCGCAACCAAGGACGGAUAUCGAAAAGGGACGAACGCAACCGCGAAUCGUGUUUAAUCGCGAGCAACGCAAUCGUAAACAAUCAUUUCCCGAACGACAAACAAAAGGCCGCACCAGCACGAAUGCGACAUACUAUUGACCAAAAUGUCGCAACACGACUGUCGCUCAAGCGUAUUGUCAUCGAUAAGCAUAAAACUUCUCCAACAGAAUUUCUUCGCGUGCAUAUACACCCUCGAAGUACAUGCAUCAGAAAACUGGGCACCUACUUUGGCUGUCAUUGGUCGCGAUACCAGUUUGCGUGUAAUGAACUUUGACCUCGACUCUGAUGUUCUUUGUAAGUUUAUCAUUGGGAGAUCGGCUGUCGCACUUUGGAAAUUCCUUUUAUCCCAAGCUCACUUAAACCCCGUGAUGCUAUUCUACAGAGGUUUCCAUGAAAGUGGAGAGUAGAUCUCUCUACGUUGAAACGACUGGCGCAGCAGCGUCUCGAUCUCCUUGGCGUGAGUUUACUUCUAUGAGCACGUUACGGUAUGGCUCACUGAUAAUAUUUCUCAGCUCAAGGCUCAUAUGGAUAAUUCAUACGGAGGCCAACGACUAUUUCUCUUGCGAG